AUGGAGGUGGAGGAGGCGGCGGAGGCGGAGGCCCUGGAGGUGGAUUCGGCGGAUUUGGAUUUGGUGGGUUUGGAUUCGGCGGGUUUGGAUUUGGUGGGUUUGGAUUUGGUGGGUUUGGAUUUGGUGGGUUUGGACCUGGACCUGGCGGAGGAUUCGGACCUGGACCUGGCGGAGGGUUUGGAUCAUCUGGAGGUAUUGGGCCUGGGGGAGGUAUUGGACCUGGGGGAGGUAUUGGAACUGGGAGAGGUAUUGGGCCUGGAUCUGGCCAUGGACCUGGCCCCGGACCUGGAUCUGGCCACGGACACGGGAAGAACCAUGACCAUGGCCAUGGGCAUGGAUCUGGAUCCUGUUGGAGACUCAGAGGUUGUAGACCCGGACGCGGUAGACCCGGACGUUGUAGAGUCGGACGCGGUAGAGUCGGACGUGGUAGACUUGGACGUUGUAGACUCGGAGGACGUUGUAGACUCGGAGGACGUUGUAGACUCGGAGGACGUUGUAGACUCGGAGGACGUUGUAGACUCGGAGGACGUUGUAGACUCGGAGGACGUUGUAGACUCGGAUUUGGUAGACCCAGACGUUCCAGUUGUGCUUGAAGUUUUGGUCGAGCCAGUACUUGUGGACGAUGGCGAACUUGACUUGGAGCUGCUUUGGGAUGUUGAAGAUGAACUUGAGGCCGGGCUGGAUGAGGAAGAGCUGCCAGACGUAGAGCUGCCAGACGUAGAGCUAGUGCUGGUAGACGAGCUGGCAGAGGGCGGAGGCGGAGGCGGAGGCGGGAUGGUGAUUGUUGAGGGGCCAGGAGGCCAAGGCGGAGGAACAGGCGUCGGGGAGCCGGGAAGCGGGAUAAUGGUAGGAGGGGGGCCGGAGGGCAGAGGCUCAGGGCUCGGAGUGCCUGUUGGAAUUGGAGGCCCAGGUAUUGUCACAGAGCUUGUCUCAGAACCAAUUGUGCUUGGAGUUAUAGUUGAGCCACCACUUGUGAUUGAUGUCAAGCUCGAUGUCAGGCUGGUUUCCGACGUAGACAAGGAGCCAGCAGGCGAGGAGACAGAUGAGCUGGGUUGGCUCACACUGGUACUCGACAGGGUUGAGCUGACUUCUGUAGAGCUUGCCAGUACGGAGCUGCUUGUUGACAUACUUGUUGCCGGAAGGCUGCUCGGAGGUAAAGGGAUCGGAAUGACCACAGAGGUGCUGCUUGAACUAGGCAGAGGGACAGAGCUGGACAGGGUCGUUUCUGUCGACCACGCACUGGAUAUCUGGCUUGACAUUGUUGGCCACAGGCUGGAGCUUGAAUCCUGCCCAGGUGGUACGACCGUCGUUUCCGAUGACGUCCAAGCACUGGACAUCUGGCUUGACGUGGUUGUUGAUAGGCUGAAGCUUGAGCUCUGCCCAGGUGGGAUGACGAUCGUUGUGGUUGUGGGCGAAGGCUCCGCCGUUAAUGUCGUGGAAGAUGGGGCACUACUGCUGAGACCACUUGUGCUGGAGACCGUUGAGCUCCCGUACGGCGUGGAAGGGGACGCAGACGAUGUCGGUAGGCCAGGUGAAGAAGUUUCAGUCGGAGUCGGAGGGAGAAUAGUCAAGGUAGGCGCAGAGUAG